AUGGGUGGCAUCACGUCCUUCAUGGGUGACGAUUCGAGCUUAAGGCUUCGCGAGAACUCAGUACAUAUUUGAAUAAUAUUAUAUAAUAACAUGAACCUUUACCGGUUAGUUUUUACCUCUAGAGAUCUCGCCCUUUCAACAAUAUUUAAUAACAUGAAAUAAUUUGAUAUUUGGAUAAUAUAGCUACUCGAACCUACGUUGUCCUAGCAGGUGCGGCUUGGCCGCGAAGCGGUGGACCCUCAACCUUAACCUUAACCUUAAUAUAGCUGGGAAGUAGGUUGUUGAUGAGUAGUUUUAGUUUUUUUGAUGGGUAGCGUUGUAGAAGACCUAAGUAGUAACAAAAAAACUAGGUUUUCGACAAGACCGAAUACCUGCUAUUUUUGUUGGAUUGAUCCCAUCCUAUCGAUCCCAUACUUUCCUCUCCUAUGCAUCUUAUCCUAUCUUAUCUUAUCCUAUCCUGUUCACCUCUCUAUCCUACCAUCUUAUCGCAUUCUACGAUCUGGCGACAGGAGUGUAUAGCGUGUAUAGCGUUGACCUCAUCUAAGCUUUGCCGUAGCAGAAAAUUGGGGUGGCGGCACCCAAGGGUGGGGUGGAGGCAACCAGGGUUCAUGGGACAACUGGAACCAGCAAGGAUGGGGGACGUGGGGUCAGCAAGGCGGUCAACAUUAUGGCAUCUUCUUCAAUGGCCUCGAACGCUCACCCCCUCACAGGUGAGCCAACUCCUAUCCUGUCCUAUCCUGUCCUAUCCUAUCCUAUCCUAUCCUAUCCUAUCCUAUCCUAUCCUAUCCUAUCUUAGCUCUUUACAGUACACCACUCUCUUGCCUAAAUAACUGUUCUGGCACUCUUGAUCAAGAAGAUGACGGAGAAAUAAAUGUAGCUCUGUAGGUACUUUUAGAAACUCAACAAGAUGGUCUAUUUCAUGUGAAGAUUGAUUGUAAGUGAGAAAUCUAAGAACAGCAGCAGGCACAUCGAGCAACGCAGUCUGGCAAUGCUAAAGGUAGCGCUGCCGGCGCGAAGAAACAAUCUGCGAAAUCCAAAGAAGCUGCUAAAAAAAGACCAGCAGGACGUGCAACGAGUAAUUUUUUUUGAAAAAUGUCAGUCAGUCUACCCACCUGAUUCACAGACUGUUAGUAAAAGAUCAUUCAUCUGCACAAGGACCACUCCAAAAAUUUGGAUAAUGAUGAAGCCACACCUUGAGAAUUGAGCACUUAAGUUGUAAAAAGCACCGGUUAGAAGUUUUUCUCUUGUGGUAAACCUUACUUGGACUUCCCUUCGUGAUGAUAUGUAUUGAUAGUUAUACAACGAGCAAGCUCAGGAUAGUUCAAUAGCCAGUUCUUACAACAAGCUCAGGAUAGUUUAAUAGCUAGUUCUUACAACAAGCUGAUCAUGAUAGUUGAAAUCGUAAGACUUCUUCACAUUUACAAGUAAAAAUACCUGACUUACAGCUACACAAAAGGGUGGAGCUGGAGGUGCAGCUGCGAAAGCUAGGGGCAAAGCGAAGGCGAAGGCAGGUGGCAAGACCAAAGUUGAUCCACGCAAAACAGCGGUCAAAGGAACCAGAAGCACCCGACGAGGUGAGGGACAGGCCGCACCAUUGUUAAGAUUAAACAAUAUUUAUAUAUUAAAUACUUAGUGCUGUUGUAGCAGCGUAGAAGUAUUAAGGCUCAGCUUUCAUUGGUCACUGAGGUUGGUCACUGAAAUCGAAGGGGCUCCCUUCAGAGAACAGGGGAAAACAGAGGGAGAACAAGCAGAGGGGUAAAGGGCCCUUUUCUUUCAGCAUCAGUGACCAAUGAAUGUCGACGUUUAAAAGUAGAAAUGAUACAACAACUACCUAGUACGUUGAGUUUUCACUAUCUAAUGUUUUAAGUACUUUGUUCGUUCUUUUUUAGAUUGCUUAGUACGAAUUGAGAAUGAUACUCUUGUGAUGAAUCAGAAGAUCAUGAAUAAGCCCAUAUUAUUCUGAGAAUUGAGAAAGAAUCUCAAAAGCAAGAAUCCCCAUAUGAGUCGCAACGGUGCCCAUAUGAGUCAUCGCGAAACGAACUUUCAUUGUAGGAAGAAGGGGAUUUGGCCAUGGAGUCCGGCAGCGAGGAAGAAGUCUUCGACUCAGAAUCCGACAUCGAUGAGACGAAUGUUAAGGCAUUCAGACAAUAGGGAAGUGAUAUGCUGCUGGUGCGUCGAACUAAAUCGAAAAAAUUUGUAAUUUGUAAUUCGGUGAAGUCUAAUGUCUCAGUCAAAGCUAGCCUCGUAGAAGAUGCUGUACUAGCUCUCUUAGCUCGCUCGAUUUUCUCUCUCUCUUUCUCUUAAUAGAAGUUCAUAUGUAGGGGCAGCGGUCGUAAUAGAGACUGGCUUUGAGAAGUCUAGUCUAUCUUUUCUAUACUUCCGGAUCGAAAUUGGGGAAGCUAAUUGCAAAGAAUGUAAAUACUUCCACAGCUCAAGUUCCACAUCUGAACCUCCACAUCUGAACUUCCACACCCUCUUCAAGCUCUAAUAAGAAAGCCGGAGGAUUUUGGGACGGCGUCAUGGAGUUUUUCUAUGGUACUAAUCGUGUUGCGCCGAAGGCGUCAACGCAGCGUCGCAGUAGACGACAAGAAGUUACGACUGCUCAAUGGAUGGAUUGUCUAGAAGUUGACUAGAUUUUCAAAAUAAAAGAUGUUGACAUACAACUGAAGACGUGGAAAAAAUUAGAAAUCAGCAUGCUGUAUCUCCUAUCUCAAGAUGUAAUCAUGGUAGCUGCUGAAGGUGAUGUAUUUUAGGGUUAUGUACUCAGGAGUAGCUGGCUCUAAUAAGGGAGCUGCGUCGGAUCCUCUGCUUUCGGGAGACAUUGUGGAGGGGUCGGAUGACGAGCAGCAAUACUAUACAGAGAACCUUGAGGAGAGCCGUUUGCUGGAAUACCGCAAUGCGUUCUCUCUCCAAGGAAUACCUGAAAAGGUCACCUUCACCAAAGAGGAUGUGGAGGGCGCUUUUGGCGCUUUUGGCAUGUCACCGUCCAUGGAUUCACCAUCGAAGGAACCGCUAGCAGCCUUGGACUUCCUGUUGCGUAUCGGUGUCAGCGUCGAUCCCGCAGAGCUCGAAGAAGGGUACGCGCUGAGUCCUAUUGGAAGGCUACGCGGUGAAGGCUCGAUGUCCCCGGAAGACAGGAGAGCAGUUGUCGGAGCUUUCAAUCUUUAUGGAAAUGGAACAACUAGGCAUUGACUUUUUUUUGAUAGUUAGUACUAUGAUGGGAUGCGCUGCGGCUCAGGUUACUUAUACCUCUAGAUGUAGCUUUUCAUCAUUUCGAGUACUGUCCUCUCCGCUACAAAGCUUAUUGAGGCAUGCUUACUCCCAUUAUUUUUGACUCUUGGUGCAGGAAAUCUCACUUAGUGAAUGUUCUUCAUCAGGGUGGUCAAAGUUUUUCACUUCGUUCAUCUUGAUUCAUUGUUCUAAUUUGCAUCGGAUAUUGCGAGUUCACCGGGAUCGCGCGCUGCUCGGUCACCGGAGGACGCUGCCGCUAUCUCAAGAUUGGUGCAGGCUGCGCGAAGGAGUGCCGAAGGACCCGAAAUGGUCGCCGAGCUCUUCGCAUACACGCUUCGCCAACUGGCAGACGGCACGCAGCAGCGACGACCCACGGGAAGCUUGCUGUUGUUAUGGCUUCCGCGAAUGGUCCACCAUCUUUAGACCACAAGGGAUCCUAGUUGUAGGAGAGAGGCUUUUCAAGGGUGGGAAAUAGAGGCGCCUAGGAGGAAGAUGGAUAAGGGUGGGGAGGGCUCUAAUGCUGCUCGCGAGCAACAACAGCACCACAGGGGGAACCGUGCGAGCUGCAACGCUUCUCCGCAGCGCUCAGGAGGCGUGUGCGCCCGUGUCCGAUUGGGGCGCGCGCCUGGAGUCCAUCACCAACGAAGUACUGGCUGAAUACGAUGAAAACGUUGAAGGCAUGAAAACAGGCUCCGCGGCGGUCGGCCCAAGAACCUUCGAUGCUCAAGUUGCGUGGCUCUUCAUGUUGCGCCUCCGCGAUUUGGCACCGGCGUUGGCCGCGUAUCAGAAAGCCUCUAGCAGCAGCCAGAAUGUCCCGGCCGAUCAAGGAGCGCGCGCGCAACAAGAACUCACUCGUCGCUUCUCGAGCUUUCUCGCGGGCCUCCGAAACGAAUCCGCUGGGGGCGUUGGCUCUCGCCGAGACGUGUUGUCCCGCAUGUGCUCUGCGCUAGCAGAACACGCGGCGGGCACUGCAGAAAGCUUCUACACGCAGCUGCUACGAUGCGUCCGCACCGCCUACUAUGCUUUAACCUCAACCGAGCGCGCUACUACCGGUAUUUUCAACAAGUUACAUCAGCUUUUACAUUUAAUAUACUAAAUCGACGCUUAUUUUCCAUCGAUGAAGAGUAAGUAUAGCACUUCUAGAGUUCCUUGCUGUGCGUACAUGCUUGUUGAGUAGUCUUCACGUUUCCUUCACCCGCAAGAUCAAUCUACUUCACAACUUCUACAACAGCUGGUGCGGAUUUUCUGUAUCGCGGUGAGCGGGUCUUUGUGUCGACUGUUGCAGACUUGGCUCUGUUUUUGCGACGAGAGCUGCGUGGCCUGCGGCGCAUGGAGCUGCUCCUUGGCAUGGAGUUUGGUUUCCCCGGUCCGCGGUCCUUGGGCGAGCUUUGCGAGAGCGUGCCGGAGGAGGUGUUCUUCAUGACGGGCUACCACGACCCGGUGGAGAGUCUUCAGCGCCGCAUCCUGCUGGCGCUCGACUUCGAGCUCCAAUUUGACCACUUAGUGGCCAUGGCAGAGCAGCUGGAGGAGGAGGCGGAAGAAGCGAGGGAAGUUAAGGCUUCUUGGCGAUAGAGGUUAUUAAAAUACCUCCUCAUGCAAGAGUUACAAUAGGUUAUACCUAAUGUAUAACUGAUUCAUUUCCACCAAGGUCCAUGUCAUAGUUUGUUUCAAAGAGAAAGAGUGUGUAAAGUGAGUAUAAUUUUGCAACUUAUCCUCGGUGCAACUUGAACUUAUCUUCACAUCCGUUCAACUCAUCACAUCCUCCUAGAAGUUUUCCUCUGUAACUACUUCUAUAAGGGUCAACAUUUUUAGAUGAAAUGAAUCGGAAUUGUUUUGAAGAAUUCUUCUAAGGCAGCAGAACGCGCAGCUGUGCGAGUGUCAACUGGAGGUCGACAGACGACCACCUCCAGCGUGGCCGAAUUCGCGAAACACGGGUCCAUAGGAACGAAAACCGGAAAUCCAGGUGGCACCGGAAGUUCAGGCGGCAGUGGCGCGACUGGUCCUUCUCCUGGGAGGAAUCCUAAUCAUGCGAGCACGCCCUCUCGUUCGGUUCCAGCGGCUGCGUUGGCGAGCCGCACAAUGUCCGCUGGCACAGGAAGUUCCUCGAUGCAACCCGCUCGAGCAGCACCCUUACAUCAACCACAGGUGCCAGGAGAAAGCUCGUCUCGCGGAUUGCUUUUGUCAGGUCGAGGAUUGGUUUUGUCACCCCCGGACAGCGUUGGGGGAAUCGGUCCUCUCGGCGGGGGUGGCAUUGGUGCUCUUCCAUCUGUUCCUGCUCCAGGGGCUAGAGGUAGUUCUGCAGCAGUUUUCCCUGGAGGAGCUGCACCCACUGGAGCUGCAGGAGGCGCAGCACCCGUGAGCACCCUUAGCAACUCGUCUGCGUCGUCGCAGAACGGUACAACCUCGCCAGGUGGCCGACGGCGGAACCGUGCGCAGGCGGUUAAGCGAGACUGGACGAACGAGGAAGAACUGCUCAUCGCACAGAGCGUUGCGGAACUGGUCUCCAGUGUCUACGGGGAAGCGUAUGUCCGCGAAGCCAUCGCAACAAAAGACCCCCCUGGCGCAGGGCCACCACGAGAGACGAUCGCACCCACGACUUUAGUCGGAGGAGCGGCCGCUUCGUCCUCGUCCUCCUCGAGUGCUUUUCCUCCUCCGCAGGGCGGCCCAAUGGCGGCGCGACUGAACAGUCCAGCUGGUGUGGUCCGCGCACCACGAGGGGAACCACGCGCCUCCGCGAGAAUUGAAGAGCAUAGUCUAGGGGGAAGAGAAGAGGACGAUACGGACGAUACUAGACAGCGGGCGUCCGGAGACUUGCGUACGCUGGUCCUGAAGAGUCUCGGCACGCGUCGUGGGGACCAGCCCCCGGGAGCACCAAGAACGCCACCGCAGGGUCUCGCGAUGGAGCCGCACGUAGCAGGCAUUACCCCAGGUACUAGUAGAGUUCCUCCGGUAGGAGCGCAGGUGACUCCAACGCUGAGCUCGUUGUUGUCGACUGGCCCAGGAGUACCCCGGCGGCGGGAUCGGCUCCCAGCCUCCAUGAUCACUUCAUCUGCUACAGAAACGACGACGGACUCAUCUCUCUUUGUCUGCGAGCAUGAGGACGAGGACAACAUGGGCAACACCACUUAAGGCUUAGUACCCUAUUGUAAUGAUCCAUCUUCACAGCCAUUCUUCUCCGUUUUAAUACCCUUUGUCUCCUUUCGAACUAGUUCACACGCUCAAUAUAUUACUAAUCUUCUGUGCAGCUUAAUACUUAGAAGAGAAGAUGAGCUUAGAUGGAUUACUUUCAGCUCUAAAGCAAGACCCCGACUCGACCUGGUGGCAAAAUGAAGCACAUUGUGGUGCCGCUACCACCGCACCCCAGCACGAGUACUUCGUUGCCAGUGGAUCCCGUGUCCGUAAAUGAAGGCACGCAGAAGACCGAACGGAGAAGGAACCAAAGCAAAGACAUUAAGGCUCGUCCUAAGUACUUUCUUACUUCGUUCUAGUAAAGACAUUGACAUAUUAGCAUCCAACUACAUGUAGCAUUCAACUACAUGAUGUUGUCCUUUUCCUAAGCAUGAUCCAACAUGUCCUUAAUAUCCUAAGCAUGAUCCAUUCUUGUGUUCCUUAAAACAUCAAGAUCUUCUUUUUCUACUUGUGUGGAUCUUCUUUUUCUACCUGUGAAAACAGAACAGGAUAUGAAGGAACAUCUUCAAGAUGCAAGAAUGCGCUAGCAGCUCUAAGGACCACAGCAGUGGAAAGAUCUUCUUGUUGCCAACUCGCGGUAAGAUGGCCACGGAGAGCGUGCCUUUGAGUCUGUCAGGGCACGAACGAACGGAACUCGGUUCCCGGGUCGCACCGCAACUGACAGAACCAUCUUCGUUCGCUGGCGCCAGCGCGCGUGCUCGAGGCGGAUCGCCGAGUUUCCACUCGACGGUGUUUUCUCCCACGUUAAGGUCAGCUUUUAAAUCGUCCAUCUUGUAUUCUGUUUGUUUCGUUGGAUACCCUUUUGUUUCCCUUGUAUUGUGUUCGUCGUGGGAAAAAAAGGGGUCGAGAUGAGGGGACCGAGAUGAAUGAAAACCGACUCUAAUCACGGGGUCCAUGCAUGACGCGACCACGCAGGAUAACACGACCACCAGCAGCAUCUGGUCAACGGCGGAGCACCAUCAGCGUCGACAUCAGCCACAGCCCAUGCGAGGAGCCACACCAGCAUCGGUCUUCCGGGAGCUGCUGGCGCCUGGAGGUGCGCCGGCGCCGGGAGCGGGUACUUCACCAUUAAGGCUUUUAUACAGUAAUUGUAAGUCAUCUUGAGAUAGAAGCAUCUUGGGUGUCCCUUUUCGAAAGGAAAAACACGUUAAAGAUGCGGCUCAAGAUGAAUAUACAUAGGUGAGGUCUAACACUAGCGCCGGGGGCGGGUACUGCCCCAGCGCGGAAUGCAGGAGUAGACCCGCCUCGAAGUCCGCGCGUCGUGUAUCCACAUCCAACUGAUCAUGAGAAAGAUGACAGAAACCUGAACGCGUACCUCACACGGCGCUUGAUGCGCGAUCAACAAGGAACUGCCACUGCUUCGUCGACGUCGACGUCAGCACUCAUGUCAGGCUCAGGACAAGCGGGUGAGCUUAGCGGCUUAUCGAUCGAGCCAUCAAGUACGAGCGCUAGUACCCGACCCGGCAGAGGAGGGAAAGCGGAGGGGGAAGUAGACCCACCUAAGACUCAGUCUCAGACUGAAAACACAGGCGAAGUGCAGGAGACCGGUAAUUAUGAACUGCCACAUUUAGUUUUCGAUACAUGAUUAUCAGAUAAUAGGUACUGGGUUUCCGGCUCUAUUUCCUACUCAUACAUUUGAUUACCUCCAGCAACAGUUAUGUAAAAAUGAUCACAAACACUAUGACUAUGUAUAUUAACUACAUCUUUAUAUCUUCAGGGACAAGUGGUGCUCCAGGAGAAGAUAAUACGGCCGGAUCACCAGCGGAUAGCGGGUUCGCAUUUCACACGCCGGAUAGCACCAAGCGCACGGACAUGUCACGUGGGCAUGCAACACGAAGUUAUUCGUCUAAUCUGCCACAAAUGGCCGAAGAAGAUGAGCAGGGUCAAGAGGACUUUGCUGGCUCAGGAGCUCCUGUUCCACCUAUCGCACUUCCGCCUUCCGAAUCGGAUCGGCAACAAGUCAGUAGUCAGAUUCUGCAGUCACAAGGUAGUAUGAUCUCACCUGGUGGUGCGCUGCCGUCUUCGUAUGCUGGAAUGGCAAGUUCUAGCUCAUCUUCGUACCCUGAAAUGGCGUUGCCCCUGCCAACCUCUGGUUCACCGGGAAUUCACAUGUUAAGGCUUGUAGAUGAAGUCCGUCUUGACUCAUACAUAGGAGGUACUUCCUGAUCCUUGAGAAGCAUGAUAUUAUGAUGUUUAGAUUCUGGUUUUAGACGAGUAGUGAAAUAGGGUUACUUAGUUUCUUCAGGACGAUGUUUCUGUCACCCUGCAGGCCACUCGAAAGAAUGUGAUGAAGAAGUAUGUAGCGAUUUGAGGAGAGUCCUCUAAUUUCAGCUUCAGCGCAAUCGGCUGUCCCACACCCAUUGCCUGCAAUUGGAGGACCUCCAAGCUCUGACGUUGGUCGCGUGCAGUGGAAUGAGGAGGUCGAUGUGACCGCUUACGUGAACGAAGUGGACAAACUUAUGGCUACCGCCAAAGCAUCCUUAUAUAUAACGUCAUUCUGAAUGAUGGCCCAUUUUUCUACUUGAAAAAGAAGACAGGGAUGGCCCCAGAGGGAUGCGGAAGCGGUAGCUCUAACAAACACGCGUUGUUCUGGAACAUUGAGCAGCUGCGCCGUUGCAUCACGUGGGAAGACCGCAUGGAACUGCUGGCUAUUCUUAUGUAACGUUUUGUCGGCACCUUGCGUGUAGACUUAGCAAAGGCACCCUAUCCUCUCCUAUCGGCGCUUUGCGUGUAGACUUAGCAAAGGCACCCUAUCGAUCUGGAAGAUGAUCAAGAGUUAGGAAAAAUGAUCGCGUCCCUAGUUGUAGGUACAACUGUCAGCUUGUUCUAACGUGAGUGAGGAGCUGGAGCGUGCGCAUAGCGAGGAACGUGGCCGGCUGAAGCGGCGUGAAGAACUCCUGGUCGCACAAGAGCGAGCAGCCCUGCUCUCCAAGGCUCGAGAGAUCAUUCGAGAUUUGAACCUCAGUCGUGAGUUCCAAACCCUCUUGGAAGAGGAAGGCACUGCGCCGGAGAGAGCCGCACCAGGCUUCGGUAGAACUGACUCAGAAGGAACAGAGGUAGAGCAGGCGAACACGGAGGGACAGCAGCAAGCACAAGAACUAGCAACAGCACGAGAACUACAUCAAACCUCUGGAGCAGCAGGCAUGCAAGGUCAAGAGGUGCAACUUCAUCAGGGUGCACCAGGAGAGCCGCAGCAGAGUUCAGCCAGUAGUAGUUCGUCUAGUGCUGGUUCCAGUAGUUCGUCCUCGCAACCGAGGUCGUAGCUGCUCAUAUGCUCGUUGUGGGCGGUGGAGAAAUAGUUGUAACUACUGUAUUAACGGAAGGUGGAGAAGCAGUAUUUACUCGUACAUUGCGAUGAUGCACUGACAGUGACGUCAUUGUGUCGACAUAGAUGAGAGAUCCGUAAAUAUUCACACUUGAUUAUUAUUUAUAGUUUUCCCUAAAAUAUUCAAAGAAAUUAUACGAAAUUUUACUGCUAAGCAAUGUCAUAUUGAUUCAAGAAGAAAUACUAAUGCUAAGAAGUGAUAACGAUAAGUAGCAAGAAGCAUACGCGUAAAAGUAAUAGAUCUAGUUCCUACUUCCAACUAUGACUUCAACAAGAAAGCAUACGAUCAAUGCAAAAUAGACCUAAGCACUUUGUGAUGUGAGCAGUACAGUAUAGAACAAACGAUUAAGAUUGUACGUAUCUUUCAUUUGAACUUUCUCAACUUUGCAAAAUUAUCUUAGACCUCUUCAAGUGAAAGGAACGCAUCAAAGAUGAAUCAAAAUAGUCGAAGGCAUCACACUCGAAAUAGAAUUAGGUAGAACAACAUCAAUUUAGAAAGACGUAGCGGAGCUUCACGUAGCGGUUAUAUUAUCGUUCUUAGGAUAUACAUGAAUCAUUCCAAUCCAAUCCAAAAAAAAAAAAUAAUCAUUCUUAGGGCGUUGUGAAUGAGUUCGGCUUCACUAGGAAGUCUAAUCUUCAUUCCCGGGCACUUGUUUGAUGAGAAGUAAAGGGGAACAACUGAUCUUCUUCCCGUGUAAAAGAAACUACUGCAACUAUCUACUUCAUCUGAAAAUAAAUUGAACUUAUCCUGUUAUCUACCUAUGUAUAGCUAAAAUGAAACUUUGGCUCCUAUAUCUUCUUCAGAAAAAAAAUAUACUGCAAUUUACACUACUAUCAUGCAUCUACUUGGCCGAUUACCUAUUACGUCUAACAUCAUAAUGUAACUCAUCUUAUCUGCUCUUCUGUAAUUUUGGAUCACUGAUAUAGUAUUAGCAUGUACAUCAGCACAUUGUUACGAAUCUAUUCCUGCACACACUAUCUAACAUGACUAUCUAUCUAACUAUGUACCGACAAUUGAAAUUUAUGUUGACCUGACACCAAAUGAUUGUGAAAAUUGACUCAUCGUCAUCUAUCUACCAACAUCUAUGUAUUAAUGUGUAUUCAUCUCGUCUUGACUUUUUGAUUUAUCGUAUUAUCGCUUGAGCAUUUUAUUUGACAGGGGAGUUUAGUAAAAUGUUUUACCGAUGAAAGAAUUCGGUUUAGGGUAGGUCUUCAUUACCUUC